AUGACCACAUUCUCUAAUACUCCUGGUACUGUCGCAUCAGAUUUUGUGCCACUGCCAACUUUGCACUCCGGAAAGGAAUCUGCAAUGUCUGUUGAGGAAGAAGAUACAUCUAAGAUGUCAUGUCCACCACCACGGAGCCCAUCACCACGCAUCAAAAAGGAACAACAUCCACCUGAAGAAUAUAGCGAUACAGAUUUCAUCCCAGCUGAUACUUACUGCGAACUCAACCCCAUGGAAGAAAUUCCACAAAAGUCCCCUAAAUCUAAGAAGAUCAAAGAGGAGAAACAUCUAGUUACUGAACCCGUUGUAAUCUCUACCUCAAUAACGACAACACAUGUCAAGGAUCUCCAUGAGCUCUGCCAAUCACAAAUAAGAAUGUCGCCUUCUUUCGAAUUUAAAGCAGAAUUGCCGCUUGGGUUUAGCGCAACUCUGAGGCUAGUCGGACCGGAGGGAAUAAGAGAAUUCCAGGCCGAAGGGGCUUAUCCCAGUAAGAAGCAUGCGAAGGAGGCAGUAGCGGGUUUGGGGCUUGAAUAUCUGAGGAGCCUACCGAAGAAUUCAAAGUCAAUGAUGAAUGAAAGCCCCGAAAAAGAUGAUACGAAUUGGGUUGGGAAAUUAAGCGAUUGGUGUAAUAGUAGGAAAACAAGGCCAGAAUUCACAGACUAUGCUACACCCGGUGCCGGCUUCUCAUGCGAAAUCAGGCUUCCUGCAGAACCCGGUUAUCCCGGUCUUGAAGACGAGGUAUUCGGUGACAAGAACGCUGCAUUUAAAAACAAGCGCUCUGCAAAAGUUGCGGCCUCCAAAGCAGCUUGGAUUUGGCUAGAAAUGAAUUCACCAGCGCCAUCCUCUAAUGGCUCCAUAUCGGGUGGUACCAAAAGGUCCGGAAAGCUGAGUAAAGCCACCGGAGACGUAAUAUAUCCCAAAGGAUCUAAACCGGCGGCGAUUGUAAAUCUUGUCUGUCCUCGUCUUGGUGUAAACACUCCUGAAUAUAAAUUCACGCCUGACCCACGCACUCCGGGGAUGUAUGACGUCGCGGCGAUUAUCAGACGACCCAAUGGCCCCAAAGACGUCAUGGUUGGCCCUCUGAAAAAUCUCUACGGCAAGAAGAAAGCAAGAGAGGAGAUGUCAGCAGGAGUUUAUAACUGGAUAAAAAAGGAGGCAGAAAGACAGGGCGUUGGAAUAUACGAAGCCACCAAUACUGAUGAGCUUUGA